AUGACUCAGUCUUAUCAGCAGACCUCAGUUCUUUCUGUCGCCAUGUUCGCUGCUAAAUCGAUUCGUUUUUAUCUGCUCCUGAUCUUUGUGGCCGUAUCUGACAUUUCCUCAUCCACUCGAGUGAAUAAGACUGUCUCGGAUGGCAAAGUUUUCAUCACUGGAGACCAGAAUGAAAUUGUUUUGUCUUCCGCCCGAGAAACGAAACUGGAAUUGGCUGAAAUUAAAAACAAACUAAAGUUGUUAAGCGAGGGAAAUGAUGUUCUGACAAGAAAUUUGAAAGCUUUGGACCAAAGAAUCUUGCCCUCUGACGAAAUACCCGGAAAAAUUGAUGCGCUGAACAAAACAAUCGAUGGCAUUGGAAUGAACCUGGAGUUAGUGAAAAAGUCGAAGGUAGAUUUGUUCAAGUUGAUUCACGCCAUGAAAUUGAGGCUAACAGGCUUGGAGAAACACGGUAAGAUUAGCUUUAUUUCUUGAUACAGAUCAGAUUACUGAAUGCCUUUACAUUGUAAUGGACUGCUCCUUACAACUUGUAAACAUUACCUUUUAAAAAAUACAGUAAUUGUACGCUUCUCAUUUGCCAAAUUUUCCGAAUUUAAAUUCAAAAGAAGGAGCACUCUCUGAGCUCCUCACGGUCUAGAUUGCAGAAAUGUUUGUUUUCAGAGUUAUUUUUGACCAAACGAAGCUUUUCAUAGGUUAUACUGAACUACGUUAGUUAUUGGGUGGAAAUCUAUUAAUCGAAUAUUAACCGCUGGUGUGGCGAGUAACCCAGUAAAUUGUACAGCACUCAUAACUGUAAUUAUUUGUGCAUCGUGAAAAAUUGUUUCACUUCUUUCAGCGGCCUCUUGGGUUGUGAUACUAAGCUUUUCACGCUUGAAAAAAAUUUGUUUGUGGAGUUGCGUGUUAUGCUCAUAAAAAAAAAAACCAACAACGACAACAUUUCUUGGAACGCUGUUAUUGUAAUCGGGGACUCGCUCGACCAAUGGUUUGAAAAAGGUGUAAGGUGACAGUUCUCCUGAAAACGUUAACUGUAAACUAUAGAACCUUUUGUUAUUGAACUACCCUUGUAACUUGCAUCAAAUCAGUAGUUACACCAAAAACAAUUAAAUCUAAAGACGAGAGCAGAAAUUUUUUUAAAGAAGUCUCGAAAGCAGCGUUGACAAAUAAAAAAACUGAGUAAUUCUACAGUUGCAGGGUACGCUCUGCAAUUUCCACGAAAAGGAACCAGUGAUUACGUCAUCAUCACACGUGGUAUGCCAAACCUGUCAGCUGUGACAGUUUGUCUGUGGAUGAAAACCGCUGAUACUAGAAAUGAAGGAACACCCCUGAGCUAUGUUGUGUCUGGAGGACGUGAGGAGCUUCUCCUGUAUAACUAUAGAAAUUUUAGGGUUUUCAUCAACAACCAUCACAGGUUUAAGUAUUCAUCUGAAGUUUUGUUCUGUUAUUAAUCACAAUAGUUGUUUUGAUUUAAUGUUGCUGUAAGCUUUAAGAUACUAAAAGUACACUUCUCGCGUUUUGCUGCUAAUUAUAGUGGUUAUACUUCUGUAUCCGCCAAUGAUGGAAAGUGGCAUCAUAUCUGCCUAACAUGGGAGAAUACCGCUGGAUCAUGGAAAUUGUUUCGAGAUGGUUCGGUUGCUGCUUCUGGUAAAAGUUUUCAAACAGGUAAAUUAUUCUUUUAGCAAUAGUCCGUAAAAUAUUAUUAAAUGUUUAGUGUGUGUAACUGCUAAUACAAAGAGGCCGAAAUGACAAAACCGCCAUGCAGGAUUCUGCAAGUUCAAAUAUUGAUUAAAAUUAACGAAGUACGAAGUGUACUUAAACUUAAAAGUAGUUUUAAAUGGAAGGCGUAGAUAGACUUAUACUCCAUAAAAACCGUUUCGUUAAACAAGGUCAGUUAAAAGGUUGUUUUCUACAUAGAAGCCACCUAAACUAAUGUUUGCUGUUCACUGUUGAAUGUUGUCAAAUACUUGAAACCCAUGAUAAAUUCAGUGUUUCAGUUCUCUUUUCCUGAUUUUCAUUUAGUUAAACCCGGUUUGCAUUUACAUUGUAACGGCCACUGAGAACGAAAGUCUCUGGGAGGAAACUGCGUAAAAUUAUCGCAGAAACUAACCGCAAAUAAUUGCGUUGUUAACUAAACCGCCUUCUGCGGAGAAAAAACGAUUAGUGAAAAAUUCCCUCCUGAAUGCUCUAUAUGUGAUUUGCAAGUAACGUUGAGAAAAACCACCCUAAGAAGCUGAAAAAGGCGAAUGAAGACUAAGGAUACUAGAGAAACCGAGAAAUGCGCAUAACAAGAAAAAUAUAGUUCGUGUAGUGUGAUCGUCCGGGUGAGUGUAGUUCUGAAAAGAACUGUUGUUGGUGACUGACGUUUCGACUAUCUGUCAUCUAGUCAUCUUCAGAGUCAAGUGAGGAGUAGUUGUCAGUCGAUGAUGUUAUAAAGUCUGGUCUGUUGAACGUGAUUGGUCUGUUUAGCCGUGAUGUGAUUGGCUGGAAGACUCGUGUAGAGUUUGUUAACAGUCAUUGGUCGGUUUCGAUCCGUCUGUUGUUUGUCGGUCUGUUUGUCGGUUUGUUCACGUCGUUAAUGAGUCGUUUGUAAGGUGCUGGUAAUUUUUGACAUCUGUUGAGAGGCGUCUGUACUAAGUUAGUGAACCAGCUUUCCAGAGUCAGUCGUUGAAAAUAGUUUGUACUGUAGGUUAAGCAUUUAGCAGAGUCCCAGUCGAUUCUGUGAUUAGUUUGUCGGUGAUGUUCAGAAAUGUGAUUGUUUACAUCGCCAUUUCUAGUUGCUCGUUUGUGUUCAGUUAGUCGCGUGUUAAGGUUUCUACCAGUCUCACCAAUGUAGGAGGCCUGGCAGUCGGAGCAUUCGAUCUUAUAAAUCGCUCCCUGUCUGUUGUUGGGUUCGUCUUUGUCUUUAAUGUUGGUCAGCAAAUGUCGUAAAGUAGUAAUAGGCCUGUAAGAAAAAUAUAACAGACAAACUCUGACGAGGUAAUGAUCAAUGAUGCCAAAAAGAUAAAUAUUUGAAAAACAUGCAAAAACCUUGACAAAAAUGCACGUCACUGUGAUGGUAAAAUUACCUAAUAAGAGAUUGUGAAAUUUAUCACUUAAAUGCUACAGUAUACGUUAUGUUAGUCACUUAAGGAUAAAGUGCAUGGUUCCCAAAAAGUAAUGCGGGGGUUGGAACAAACAGAGCGACAUGACUCACUCAAAAGGAAAAAAUGUUCUCACUUUCCAGUCUUUUUAUCAUUUCCUCCAGAUAUUUGCUUAAUCAAAGAAAAAGACAAAGUUGAAUCUUUUUUUUACUGGUGAAUUUAUCGUUUUCCUUAAUUUCUUGUUUAUCUCCCCACAGGUAACGUGAUUCGUGCAAAUGGAUCCCUGGUACUAGGGCAGGAGCAAGACUCAAAGGGAGGAAAAUUUGAAGCCAUUCACUCUUUCAUCGGCGAAAUGACAGGUGUCAACAUUUGGGAUCACGUCAUAAAAGACCGAGAAAUCGCACGCAUGUCAAAGUCGUGCCUGACGGGGGUGGGCAACGUGUUUCAGUGGCGCGAGUUCAAAGCUCACAUCAAGGGCUCAGUGAAGAUAAUUAAGCCAUCGUGCUGAAGUGAAAACAUCCAUGAUAUGAUUUGUGAACAUUGUGAAGGAUGUUACAUUAAAAACAACCUUUGAAAACUCUUUGUUGAUAAUCUGAUGUGUGCCCGUAUCUUUUCUUGACCAUCCUACCAAUGCUAAGACCAAUUUUUUUCGGUCCAUGCAAUUUUUAAACUGAGUGUCGAAAGUAACUCGGGAAUGUCUUGAUUUGGUUUUCCUAUCAAGUCAUGAGCUGCAAAACUAAAACCAUCCGCACCUUUUCUUUUCGUGUCAGUUUUUCCCUGUCAUCAUUGUUCUCGCUGGUUAAAAAGAUGCAAAGUUGCAAAAUGCAAACUUCCGAACGCAUGAUAAAGAUAUUGCACACUUCUUAGAUAAAAUAACAAAUAACUUGCUCAAUGGUGUUGCUGAAAUAGCUUUAAAAAAGGUUAAUUAGAUUUCCAGAUUUAAAACAAUCGCCAGUAAACGUGAUGGCACCAAAUAUAACGUGCCCUUCUUCUUCGUUACGAAAUGUUUCCAUUUUACAAGCUCGUAUAGCUAAUUUGCAACGUGAAGGACCAACUUUCCACACUGGUAAGGACAUUUUGUAAAUUCGUGGUAAAAUGUAUCAAAGUAUUCUUUAGUAUGAAAUUAAGAAAGACAGAUUAAAGCUGUUAAUUUUAAGGCAGCUCUACAGAAACAAAAACUUCUAAGGCAGUGUUCACACUUGGUGCCCGGGCACCAUGCCCGGGUUCUAUUCUACACCGGGCACCAAUGUGAACACACCUUUUUUCCUGGUACCCACGCCAGAAUUCGGGCACGGUGCCGGUGCCCGAGUACAAGGUCUCGACCUUGUACUCGGGCACUAAACUGGGCACUGAGUCCUUGUGUGAACACAUUUUUCGUUGGUGCCCUGGCACUUUACCCACAAACCACUUGUUUUCGUACCCACAAUUCCUUGUCCCACUCGAGAUUUCAAAAUGGCGUCCGACGGUGCAAAGUGGAGUCAGGAUGAAACUAGUGCACUUAUAGAUGCUUUCAGUGAUGCAAAGACGACAGCAGAGCCCAUGACGACAAACAAAGAUUUAUAUUCCUCAAUCAAAGGCCUCCUUGAGCGAAACAAUGACAUCCAAAGGACAGCGAAGCAGAUAGAGACAAAGUUAAAGAAACUGAAAUCCGGGUACAGCAAAUUGAAAGAUAGGAUGAAAAUAUCAGGAGCAGAGCGACCGUAUGAUUCAAAAGCUCUUUCAAGCCAGGAGAAGGCAGCAUUUCAGCACUGGGAUAAGCUUGACCGUAUUUUGGGUAGGUUGAGUUAUGUUUGUGUAACAAAUAGAAAGUUAUGCACUUGUGAUUGUCAAGUUCAAGUGAAGCAUUUGUGAACUUUGACCGCAACCUUUACGUGUCAUAACUUUGAAAAUGCAAAUAUUUAUAUGGAGGGAAGUACCUGUUUAUAUAUAGCACAUGUGAAGAUUUUAAUAUACAAAAUUUCAAUGGACUAUUAAAAUGUUAACAGAUUUGAAGAGGAAAGAAUUACUGUCAUUACCUUCUUCAUGGUGAUAAUCCUGAUAAACCACUUCAUUGGAUAAAACACAAAAAUAGCUCUUAGCCCUACUUUGGGAAUUUUCCUGCCCCAAGUAAAACUUAAACUUUCUUAUUUCAUUAUUUUCAUACACAAGGUAAACCAAAACUACUCUGUUAUAUUUAGGUGGGAUAUCAAAACAGAUCCUCUUUGAUUUUUGUUAUCAAUAAAAUGGUAUGCUUGUCAUUCAGGAACACACCCUGUUGAAGACCCUCCAGAGGAACAUUUGCUCGAAAGCUCAGCCACAGGAGAAUGUGUGGAUGCACAAUCAAAUGCUGAAGUAAGAGUAGCAGAAUCAGGUACAGAAGAACCAACUGCCGUUAUUGCAGCAUCAGAACCAAAUACAAGAACAAGUACAGCUGAAGCAAAUUCUCAGGCUACUCAUCCAUCAAAAACACCAAAGAGAAAGAGUGGUAGGGCAUGUAAACCUAAGAAAAAACCUCGCCUGUGCGAUGUAGUGGAACAAUCCAAUGAGCAAAUGAGACAGAUGCAGGAUUACAUGCAGAAUAAUUCAACUACACCCGAGGCACGAUCUAAAGAAAGAGAAGAAGACCGAGAAUUUUUUCGCCACAUGUUUGGUAUGAUGUCGCAAACUAUGAUGGGCAUGACCCAAAUGCUACUUCGAGGAGCUGGUCCAGGAUAUCAUCCACCAAACCAGGUAUAUGCUCCUCAAAGUGUCCAGCCAAACUACAGUUUUCUACCCAGUGGCAUGGGUUUUGGUUUUGAUACUCCAUCAGCAAGACCAUCAUCAUCAAGCUCAGUUACAAGUGAUCCAUCAUCAGUUGAAGAAAACGACUAUUUUACCUUAUAGAAACUAUCAAAGCAGGUGCAUGUUUCAUGACACUAAUGGUGACUUUGUUGUUAUGUUGAGUUGAAACGGUAAUAAUUCAUUUUGAAGCAAAAAACAUACUUUUUGUCACGAUGCAUUUUACACCUUAAGUUUGUUUUGUUUUGGAUUUACUAAGGUAGAAACUAUAAGCGAUUGUUCGACCUUGGUCUCUAUUGUUAGUUUGUUUGGGAAAUGUACACAAUUGUCUUUCCAGAAACAGAGCAAUCAGUAAUUUCUGGUUAGGCUGGUCACUUCAAUUUUGUGUUUUAUUUAUUGAAACUCUGUCUAUAAUAAGUUGUUGAAAAAAUACAAUAACACUUUAAUGGCAGGAAUUCAACUGACAAAGGAGUGUGUUAAUUUUCUGGGGAUAAAAUGUUAACUGUAUAGUAAAAAGCAACUGCAUAGCAAAAACAACUGUAUAGUUAAAACACAACUCUAUUUUCCAUCAAAAUAAAACACAUUACGAAUUUAACUAUAGCAUCUCAAAAAGUUGAUGCGUGGAACUGUUUUCAAACGCUCAUAAGUCAAUAUCGAAAUACAGCUGAACUGUUAAAUGGUCCUGCCUCGUCGUUAAUUCCUUUUAUUGUAAUCCGAAAGUUAAACAAAUAUGAAACCAUGCAGUUCACGUAACAUGACUUUGGUGAUCAGUCGUUGUACAAAAAAUGAGCCAAGAUAUUCCUAAUAAUAUUAGAAUUGCUAUCUGCGUCAUCAUCGUUCAGCGGAUCGGGUCGAGGUAGGUCACCAAUUUCAUCUUCACCCAACCUGUUCCACUCUUCGAGGUAGUACUCUUUUGGCUCUUCACACAUGUUGUGCAGGAUACAGGCUGUUGUGGCAUGAAGUACAACUUUAUCGAGUUCGCAUUCCAACGCCUUAAGCAGACAUCUCCAUCUCCCUUUAAGCCGUCCAAAUGCCCUCUCGAUCUGUAUGCGGGCGCGACUGAGUCUAUAGUUAAAAUGCUCUUUCUCAGGUGUGAGAUUGCUGCCUGGGUAGUUUUUCAUUAGAUGCUUGGAAAUGGGGUAAGCUGGAUCCCCAAUAAGAAAUGGCUCAAUGACGUGGUUAUCGAUAACCCGUCGCAAAUUUGAAUCAUCAGGAAUCAGUCUUCCCUCUGUUAUCAAAUUUCCUAUCUGAGAACGCCCAAACACCCUAGAAUCGUGUGCUCGACCAGGCCAGCCAGCAAAGACAUCAGUGAAGCAGCACUGACUGUCACAAACACCUUGCAAAAUAACUGAAUGGAAACAUUUCCUGUUAUAAUAGUCCGCAUGGUGGACGAGGGGGGCUUUUAUGGGUAUAUGGGUACCGUCGAUGGCACCCAAAAAUUGGGGAAAAUUCCACUUUCUCUGGAAACCAUUUAUGAUUCUUUUAAAAUCUAUUCCUCUUUGUAUUUUGCUUAUGAUGUGCAUCUUGGAACUAACCAGGAGUUUCAUAGCUUCGUUAACUUUAAUGCAUGCAGUAGAAGCACCGACUCCAAAUUUGUCUCCGAUCUCUCUGUAGUCCAGUCCUUUUCCCAGACGUUUCAGUAGCAUCGCUACAACUGUUCGUACAGGUACAGGACUACGCAGUCUCGUUACCUGUCGCUGAAGGCUCCGCAAAUCAUGCGUCAACUGUUCAAACAUAUCUUUGGAGAUACGAUAACUUUCCAGCCAUUUUCUGUCAGGAAAAUGAAGGAAUUCGUGUUCUAGAACAUUCUGAAUUCGUGGGAUUUUCCAAGCUGCUCUCCCUCCACUAUCACUCGUUUCUGCAAGGAAUACAUUCAACCUACUUGUAAUGCUAGCGCAGACUUCCGUGACGAUCCGAGAUAAUCUUCGCUUGUCGUCGUCAUCCGCGGUGUCUCUUAAAUGUUUCAUGUAGAAACACAGCAUUACAAAAUUAAAUAAGCCAUAAAAAACAGUAAGCAAGCAGAUAUACUGAACACGGAACAAACGCAUGUUGCGACUCGAACAAUUUCUCAAUAGUGAGCGUGUGCUCUGUUUAUUGAAUGUGAACAUAUCUUCAGACUGGGUACCGUGUGUCUGAACACAGCACCAUUUUGUGCCGGUGCCCGGGUACUAGUGCCCGGGCACCAAGAGUGAACACUGCCUAAGGCGACUAACGCAAGAAAGAAUAAAUUGAAAGGUUGAAUCUCUGAAGUAUAGCAUUCUUCCCUGGUUGCAAAGCCUCGAUCAUUCAAACACUCGAGGCUUUGGAGAAUUCUCACCGCGUCUUGGGCUAGCAUAACUUUCCCAACUCCCUGCGUGUUUAGAUGAUGCAAUAUAAACUCGGAAAAAUUCCUCUAUUGCUUGAUUUUUGGCUCAAUCGUUGAAUGUAGAAAGAGUUAUGGGUUUUUUUUUUUACUCUGCCGCCCUUCUUAGUCUAUUUACUCGCACGUGGCUCAGUUCAACAUUGCUGGUUCUAGCAGUAUGCAAGACAUGCGUCGCAUAUGAGCUAUGUAAUGGCCCUGCUCACUAUAGAGUUCCUGUAGCUUAACGGCAGAACAUCGGAGAAAGAAAUGCGAAAGCUAGUUUUAAAAAUGUAAAGUGCACACUGAAAGCUCAAAUGAUGCAUUUGAAACUUUCACAACUAAGGAAUUUGUUGAGGUAGGGAUGUCAAAAUAUGUCUUGUUGGCUCAAAAAUGUUGUUCCGUUUUAGAAAAUUGUCCUGGUUGUCACUCCUUUGUUUCUAGGAACAUUUGAAAUUGCCGUCACUUAUCAUCAAAGAGGAAAAAUUGUAGAACAAGAUGACAACGUUGGAAAAUAACCUGGCGCUUUCUUGUUCCAAAAAUUCCCUUCUGAUCGAUGGUCGCCAUGGGCUCAUGUAAACACGUAUGAAAACCUCAGUGUCAACAUCCCGGUCUGUUGACACGGAUUUGCUUGAAACCAAUGAAACAACUGCCAAGACUGCAAAGAUAUAUAUUUGAAUUUCAAAUAUCGGCAUCACAAUUUGUCAGCCCACAUCUAUUACGCUGUUGUUCGACUUCUAUUCAUCCCUUACGUCGCUAAUAGCUUGCAAUUCGUAGGGUUAAUCACUCGAUGUGUUAGCAAAGGUGGAAAAGUGAGAGAGAAAGAUAACAAUACUGCUCCUCUCAUGGCUCCUCUUGUAUUGUCUGAUACGUCGUCUAAUCGUACAAAUUGUAAAAACGCAUGCUUAGUUCCGAUAUUGGCAGAACAAGGCAUUUCGGAAACAGAGUAUAUACUGAACACAUUCCUGCAACCUCUCCUCCUUUUUUAUCCUCUUCUUGUAGUGUAUUUAGUAGUGUGCUACAAAAUUACGUAAUUGAAGACAACCGUCUCUGUACACAUUGAACACAAUUUUCGUCAAAAAGUAGCAUGUGAAAGGAAACAUCAAACUGAAAAACAGGAAAACCCAAACUGAAAUGCAACUAAAAAAACCAAAAAUAAAAUAAAAAAAGAGAAGGAAAAAAAUAAGGAAAGAGAGACGAUAAAUUGAAGUGCAACUGUAUAAAUGAUGUCUAAGUCACUCCUACUUGCUCACUGAAAGUCCAGUUUAUCAACUGAUGGGGCUGGUAAUCAACCGUGUCACAAGUAUCUUAUAAAACGCAAAAAGCAAACGUCAUCGUCGUCCAGAAAAAUAAACUUGUUCUAUUUACAUUUAUCAAAAUUCAUCGUGCUUCAUAAAAAAUUGCUUUGGUUUCUCUGAUGACUCAGUCUUAUUAGCAGACCUCUUUCUGUCGCUAUGUUGACUACUAAAUCGAUUCGUUUUUGUUUGCUCCUGAUCUUUUUGGCUUCACCUCAUAUUUCCUCAUCCACUCGAGUGAUUACGACCGUCUCGGAUGGCAAAGUUUUCAUCACUGGAGACCAUAAUGAAGUAGUUAUGUCUUCCGCCCGAGAAACAAAAGUGGAAUUGGCUAAAAUAAAAAACAGAUUAAAGUUAUUAAGCGAGUCGAAUGAAGAUUUGUGCAAGUUGCUCCACGCCAUCAUGAGGCUAACAGGCUUGGAGAAACAAGGUAGGAUUAGCUUUCUUUCUUGAUACAGAUAAGAUUACUAAAUGCCUUUACAUUGUAUUGGGCUGCUCCUUGCAACCUGUAAACAUUACCUUUUAAAAAAUACAAUUAAAAACAGAUUAAAGUUAUUAAGCGAGUCGAAUGAAGAUUUGUGCAAGUUGCUCCACGCCAUCAUGAGGCUAACAGGCUUGGAGAAACAAGGUAGGAUUAGCUUUCUUUCUUGAUACAGAUAAGAUUACUAAAUGCCUUUACAUUGUAUUGGGCUGCUCCUUGCAACCUGUAAACAUUACCUUUUAAAAAAUACAAUAUUUGUACACUUCUCAGUAACCAAAUUUCCCGAAUUUAAAUUCAGAAGAGGAAGCGCUCUCUGAGUUCCUCACGGUUUAGAUUGCAGAAAUGUUUGUUUUCAGAAUUAUUUUUGAUCAGACGGAGCUUUUCAUAGGUUAUGAACUACGUUAGUUAUUGUGUGGAAGUCUACUACUCGAAUAUUAACUGCUGGCGUGACAAGUAACUUAGUAAGUUGCACAUCACUCAUACUGUAAUUAUUUGUGCAUUGUGAAAAAUUGUUUCGCCUCUUUCAGCGGCCACUUGGAUGGUGAUACUAAGCUCUUCACGCUUGAAAAAAAAUGUAUUUGUGGGGCUGCAUGGUAUGCUCAUACGAAAAAAAAAACCAACAACGGCAACAUUUCUUGGAAUGCUGCUUUUGUAAUCACAAACUCGCUUGACCAUCGGUUUUAAAAAGGUGUAAGGUGAAAGUUCUCCUGAAAACGUUAACAGUAAUCUAUAGAACCAUAACCUUUUGUUAUUGAACUACCCUUGUGGCUUGUAGUUGACAGUAGUUGCACUAAAAACAAGUAAAGCGAAGGACGACAGCACAACUUUUUUAAAGAGGCUUCGAAAACAGCGUUGACAAAUAAACUAGACCCUGUGAGCAGGGUAACUGGGAUACCUCGAUGGUACUGGAUCCUUGGAAUCAAGUGUAGUGAUACUACGGGUGUCGGACUUGUAUACUGAAAUAGUGCGCUCAAGUCUGGCCAAGGGCAUACACCUAUUUCAAAACAUAGGCAUGCUAUUCAUGCAAGAGUUACUUUUUUGUAGGGUGGGUGGAUUACUUGAAACAUUGUGAGUGAUGUCUACAUUCUUACAAAAGGAGAGAAGAAUAUUAAUGUGGGAAAGAACGAAAAUGUCGAAUUACCUCGCUCACAGGUAUUUUGAGGUAGAUUAUGUGUUUUGCGAAUAAAUGUAACCAAAAACAAACUGUAUUGGUGCCACGGAUACCUAUUAGUACAAAAUGCAGACAGCAGACUGCAGACCGGAUACAAAAUAUAUACUGCAGACUGCAGAGUGGGUACAAAAUGCAGACUAAGAAUCUGAAGAGUUUUUACGUCUGGUAUAUAAUAACAUGUCAUCUUACAACUUACCGCGCGUCACGCAAUCGCUUUUCUGCGAUCCCCCUUCACGAUUAUUUGCACUACUGUGGAAUAUUCCUGGCCCAUUUCUUAAUGAAAAUCGAUCGCAAUAUUAUUACAAGCCUUCAAUAUGGUCUUCUUACUUUGUGCGCGAGUUGGUUGGUGUGAUGUCUGUACAGAUUUUACCAACGUAAUAAAAGUAAAUGACGUGAAUAACAGUGAUAGUAAAGCAAGCUUAAAAGGGCAGAAAUAGCUAGAAAAUACAACGGAUACACAGGGUAUGAGUAAGUUUUAUUGAUUUUACGAGAAAAAUGUUCAUAUUUCGAAAUAUUUAUCGUUGUAAAUCGACCAUACUUCGUUCCCUAUACUAUUCCUUAUAACGUGUUCAAAUUUCCAACAGUUCCUCUCGUAACUUAACACCGAGUCACACAACACGUGACGCGUUCAUGAAUUAAUCGUUGGCUUUUUCUCGAGACGUGAGCUUGCGCCACCUGUGACAAGACAAUUGCGUAAACAAUAUUUAACAUAAUAACAUUAUACACAAAAAAACACAGGGUUUUGGAUCACUUAUUUAUUAAAAAAGAAUAUCCAUACAACUACAAUGAAAACAAACAUAAGAUUCACCUUUCUGAUCGUGAAGUUAAUACCAUUCGUACUGUUAUCGUAGCUACGUUCCUUGCCAUCAAGUGAAUCCAACAUGUCGUCUUUCUUCACAAGCAGUUUGCAUCCACUAAAGUUAUGUUCUUCAGUCUCACGGUAGUAGUGUUGUUCAAUAGAUUGCAUAGAGUAUAUGCAGUUUGGUUUCAGAUUUCAGAUUUUGCUUUUUACAUCAAGUGAACGUUUUUCAACAAAGACAUUGGCAUACUUAGCAUACAAGGCAUUCAAGGCUUUCAAGCGUUCGCGACUCAAUCCGUUCCAAAAUUACCGCUCAUUAACAUCUUUCAGUGCGGAUUAGCCGCGAUUAAUACAACUUGUAUAUGCGUCUGUAAGUAUUUUGCGCGUUUGCGCCAUAAUGCUCCAGGAGAUCGCAAUCCAAAUACGUUGAAAUACAAAACAACUGACCGAAGAGUUUUAUAAGCAAAAAUCUCGUGAUUCGUUUUGUAACCCGGCCCUGUCCGUGUAUGACAACGUCAAUCAUCAUCAAGAUAACACGCGUGAUCAGCAUGUGGACACCUUAUUGGAUCACAGUUAGUUGUCAUGGUGUUGAGGGCCCAAUGACCUCUGGGUACUAUUGCGCAAUUUUUCCAUGUUGUGGCGGAGGAAAAAAAAAAAAAGGACGACAAAAAAACCAAAGGCAUUUUAUGACUGGGCUACCACAGGUAUCCCAGUAAAAACCUGAGUAAUUCUACAGUUGCAGGAUACGCUCUGCAAUUUCCACGAAAAGGA